AUGACUCGAAUACGUCUUCGACAAACGACAAACCUUACGGCGGCUCCAGUACGACUUACAUUUUUUGGUGAUUUUCUGAUUGUGACAGGAUUUGGCUUUUUUACUGGAGUCUCAAGAACCCCUCCAGCUCUCUUCAAUGGCGGAAAAGUCAUCGUAAAGAUCGGGCUACAAAUCCAAGCCAUGGGAAAUUUCGAGUUAUCUACCAUGGACUACGAUGUUGACACAUGGCUCCGUAUGGCAUGGUAUGACCCUCGAUUACGCCAUGGCUACAGCCGUCCAAUACUCAUCAACGAAUUCACGUCUUUGAAGAGAAUUUGGAGACCAGAUCCUAUAUUCAAAAAUGCAAAGUCGGCAGCAUUUCAUAGAGUUACCUACCUGAACUUCUACAUGUUCAUAUUUCCUGGUGGUGAAGUUUUUAUGGACAUCAGAGUAUUUUUGAAGGCAACUGCUGAAGACAUCGUUCUCUGUAAAUAUCCACACGAUAGACCUACAUGCUCUUUGAAAAUUGGUUCACUUGGAUUCACCACUGAUGCCGUCCAGUUUCAAUGGUUUUCCAGUUUAUCCGAUGCGAUCCAAUUGAAUCGGGACCUCGAAAUACCUGAAUUGUCGUUGAUCCGCGUUAAAGCAGACAGCUGUGAUGGUUCGCGAAAAUCAGGGAAUUAUUCGUGCUUGGUAGCGCAAUUCUUUCUACAAAGACAACUUGGCUAUCAUUUGGCUCAGACAUAUAUUCCGACGACAAUAUGCGUUGUGUUCUCCUGGAUCAGUGUGUGGCUUCCAGAGGAGUUCGUUCAAGGACGUAUUUUUGUAUCACUAACAGUUUUUCUUACACUUACUGCUGAAAACAGUUCUGCUAAAGAGGAUUUACCAAAGGUUUCAUACAUAAAGCGACGAAGAUGUGAAAAGAAUGUGGACGAAUAUAGUAAAUAUAAAAUGAUGUUUUUGAUGUUACGCAGCAGGCAUUAUCAUCGUUUAGCAAGAAACCUCGACACUUUCUGUAAGGUGAUGUAUCCGGUGACGUUUAUUCUUUUUCUGAUGAUUUACGGAUUUGUUAUUGCUCAAGGCGAAGACGACAAAUGCUUGCAGAAGUGA